AGUUAUAUACAUCUUUGAUAAGAGAGCGCUUGUCGAGUCGUAGAUGGUUCGCAUAGCAAGGUUCCCCAACUCGGAGAAACCGACGCGUAGGUCGAACCUUGCCUCGGUUUAAUUCACAUAUGUAUUAUUUUUUCACCAAAUUUUUUUUCUGGUAGAAUAUUCUCAAACCUCUAUAUUAAAUUGUAUUCCGCGGCAUGUAGUUAGCGUGCUGUCUAACGUUACCGGCUUUGCGCCAGGAGUGAAGACCAAUCAAUCAACGGGUACCUUCGCUAGCUAGGUUGUGUGUACAGUGUGGUGUUGCUGAGGCAAGGGAAAAAACGCAGCGGUCACCGGUGACUGGAUCUUGUGGCGUGAGCACUAAUGCUGUCUAGCAAACACGGCGAAUCCCAGUCGCCGGUGUAAAACGCGGUGUGUAAAAUACAUCUUGCAGCCCUCGACCCAUAUUAUAAAAAUAGAUAGGUCGAUAGCGGGAGAAGCGAAACGCAAGGAUGUUGCAAGUGCUGGCUUGCGGCGUCGUAGUUUUUCCCGGACUCUUCUUCGUCUUUCGGAGGGUACUCCCGUCCAUUUUCAAACAGUGGACCGAUGCAGACGUUGUACUGGUCAGCGAGAGGCUCGUGUCCUCCAUCCACGCCAUUAUGGCCACCACGGCGGGAGUCAUCGUCGUGUUGGCGUGCAGAGGUAACAUCAUGACUGACAGGUACUGGCUGGCCACCUACUUUGUCAUCUGGUACGGCGUGCCCUACAUGACGUACGAUAUCUACGCCAUGUACCUCAGCCACUACUACCGCUUCCGGGUCAAGGGUCACGAGGAGUAUAAGGAGCACUCGUUGACCACGGUCAACUCGUUUGUCCGCCGUGAGUUCCUGCUGGUGCUCCACCACAUCGCGCUGCUCACCAUCCUGCUGCCCGUCACCCUGUUCUUCAGGAUGGACCAGGGCGAUUACUUCAUCGGCUGCCUGUUCCUCACAGAGUUCAGCACGCCCUUCGUCUCCUUAGGGAAGAUCCUCAUCCAGCUGGGUCUGCAGGACUGCUGGAUCCAUAAGGCCAAUGGGGGCAUGGUGUUGCUCAGCUUCUUCCUGUGUCGAAUCGCCCUCUUUCCCUACAUGUACUGGGUCUACGGCCGUCACUACGGCAUCCCCAUCUACGGCGUGCCCUUCCACCUGACACUGUCGGUCAACCUGGGCAGCCUGUGUAUCCUGGCGCCGCAGGUCUACUGGUUCGUGCUGCUCUGCCGCAAGGGCUGGCGGCUCUACCAGCGCCAGUGUCACUCCACCGCUGCUGUCGGCAGCCAGGACUCCUCCCCCCUGCCCCCACCUAGCCCCCCCUCCCUCACGGACAACCAACCCAAGGGAAACCAUUAGAGCUGGAGAGCUCACUCCGUCACCAUCGUGCUCUCUCUGUUCUUUCUCGGUUCUCUCUACUCUAUAUGCGCUCGAGUCACACAAAAAUGAACCACCAUCGACUACUACUUCUACUGCAGAAGCACUUCGGCUACAUACCACAGUCCCAAAACUACAACCGUUACUACUAUGAUUACACUGCUACUGCUCCUCCUCCCCCUGAGCCCCCACCCCCAUGUUUCCCUUUUGCUUCGAUACUACUGAUCGCUCCAUGUCCAGUGCAAGCUCUACUCUUAUUUUUUUUGUGGGGGGGGGGGGUUUACCCCCACCCCCCUGUGCUUGGAUUAGAGUGAUUGGUCAGGGGUUAUAUUUGUAGUGCUACACUGGAGUUUCCCUAAAAGAUAUGAAGAAGACAGAAUGGAGCCCCUGGCUUUUUUCGGAGGGGGGAGGGGGUGCUGAGACACUCCCCCGGCCCCUCCCCUUCAUCUAUUACUUGCUCUGCUGAUUGGAAGAUCAGUUAGUGUGGAUGAAUGUGUCUGUAGAAUUUGUUGAUUUAUUUUGUUUUGUCGAUGAUUUUUUUUUGUCAAGUUCUGAAGAUUCACAUUUUAUGAAGUGUUUGUCCACCCACCCAGUCCUCAUCUUUAAAAGAGCCCCGGAAAGAGAGGAGGAGAAGCGGGAAAGGGGACUUGGCAUGCAGAUUGUAAUGGUCACAAGGCUGGGUGGUGGGACGAGGGGUGGAGGGGUGGAAUGGGAUGGGGUGUUUACAAACUAAGAUAGGUAUGGGUGUCACCUCAUCUACAUUUGAAGGAGAAAAUGAGAAAGAAAUGUUUGCACCAGCAUAGCUACACAAAAAACCCAUUUAAUGUGAUUGGAUUGUGGAACUCCACCCUCCUUUAUCCACCUCAGCGCCUCCCAUUGUCCCGUUUCCUCAUUCACCGCUCUCCAUGGCUGCCGCCGCUGGCCAAUCGGUGUGCCUGCAGCGCUCCCGUCCUCCUCCUUUGUUGUUUACGGCCCAACAGGGUUCUGUGUGCUGUACUGCUGCCCUGCUGCGUCUGUUUACAUGAAUUCUCUAAACCCCCGCCCCUCAUUGUCACACAGGGUGGGGCAUCACAAGCUAGGAGCCUCUCUCUAUAUUAUGUGCUGUGUCCUCCCUACCUAAAUGGGGUGGCUUAGCAAAAGCUUUGUCCGUAUGUUUACAUACACAAGACUUCUCUGGGAGCGCUGUAGCAGCAUUAGAAGGAAUGGGAUUGCUCGUUUAGUCCCGGGUUCGGCUCCAUUGCAACAGCUGAAGCUGCUUUUAAUGGGUGGAGACAAGACUUUACGGUCACUCGACGUCAAUUUUGCGGGGUGGGAGUGGUGGGGUGAUUCUGUUAGGUCAACGCUGCCCUCUGGCAACGGGGUCUGGGGGCCACGUGGGAGGGGCUUGUAUACCACUGGGCAUCCCUUUAAGGUCACAUUGUGCCCUCCAGGGACCGGCCCACUAGGUGCCAGUUGGAGCAAUAAAACAGACGGGGUUGAAAACGGCGAGGACAAUUUAAAACCCCAUGUAGUAGAGAUGAACCUGAUGUUUAGAUAUAAAAACAGUAAAGUUCCUAGCAUGAUGCUGGAGCAGGAUGAUUACACAGCUGCAUGCGGCCCUGCUCCAAAAUUAUACUCUAUUUUCAAACAGAAGAUUGUCGAAUAGAAUAAGAAAGGCUUGAUGGUGGCGAUACACUCAUUUCAUGUAUUCUACUUUUACUCAUGAUUGCCUAUUCUGGGGAUGAAUUAUGAGUUUUCCCCGACUUGGUUGGCUUCUUAGGACAGGUCAGCAAGCGGGAAACAACCCCAGUUUUUUUUAAAGUAUAACUGUCCAGUGAAAAUCUCACUUUUAAAGUUCAUAUUCUGUUAACUCGUACCCAAAUGUUGACUCAUCCUAUAGUUGUAUUUGUGGCCAAAGCAUAAAUUGGAGGGGGAAAAACACAAAAUUGUAUCUAGAGCUGGGACGUUAAGCAGAAAAUUAUCGACAUUACCUUCCCCUUACCGAAGCAUUUUGCAUACAUCAGGAAUUUUCUGUGAUUUUGCUACACAAUGUUUCUGUAGUUUGUCCUAAAAUCAUUAUUUGGUCAACAGUAAUAGCCUAUGCAUUAUGUUGAUUCCUGCCUGUCCCUGUUUUGCUGUUGGCUGCUGACACCCACUGCACACGGCGGAGGAGAGAUGCAUUCUGAGAAGCACAAAGCAUAUGGCCGUUGCUCAAAAUGCUAUUGGGGGAAAAAUACAGUUUUCAAAGCAACUACUUUUGUUCUAGUUAGAGAGGAGACUCAGCUUUCUGUGAGUAUAUCAUGCAUUUAUCACCUCAAAAUUGAGUUCAUGGCAACACUUUACAACCGGAAUAGGCUGUAGUUAGUAUGGUUUUGAUGCAGUGGAGAUGAGCAGAGCCUGCCAUUUGCAGUUAAUAGGCCUACAUUAAGUAGCCUAGGCCUAGUGCUGGAAAGUUUUUGUAGGACAAUCGCCUACGUUUACUGAUAGCCAUGUAGGCUAAUUAUUUAUUCUAUAUAGCAACAAUAUCCUAUUUAGAGUUAGCAAUCUAGCUGUUUUGAGGUCCCACUUCCUCAGGUGGUGAAUAAUAUAGCCUUUAGGCCAAUGUGCACAAAGAUGUCAUCAAAAAUAAAUCUGCUAAUAUUGGAUCCUAUUUUAAUAGGUUACACAUCAAGAUAUCUCAUGCAUUUCCUGGAUAUGUUAGAUGAAAUGGCUUACUUUUUGAGUCAGGCUGCCAAGUAUUACUUGGCACUGAAAAAUAAAUAAUCUAGAGCCCUGCCGCUAAUGUAAAGUAACUGUCCAUUUAAAAAAAAAAAUGUAUCAUUGUAUUUGUUAUCGAGCAAUAUUGUUACAUUGAUUGCAAUACUACUUUUUGUCCAUAUCGCCCAGCUCUAGCACCUCCCAUUUUUUUUAAAUAAUAAUUUAUCGCAGAAUUAUCAUUAGCGCAUUUUUUUUUACAUUAUCGUGAUAUGGAUUCUUGACAUAUCGCCCAGCUCUACAGACAGUUUAAAAAAUGCUUGCUAUUUCCACAUAGAGGAUGACGUCAUCCUCCUUGAGGAAGAUGAGCUGGCCAAUCAGCAGUCUACUCGCAUUAAUAUUUUUUGACUAGUCGACGCCCACACCAUUCAGCUGUUGGGGUACGCCCACACCAUUCCAAAAUGGAAAAUAUGCUUUUUAACAUAAUUACUUUUUUGGGGAGAAGAAACAAUUCCAGUCAUUGUAAUUCAUUAUUGGUCAUAUUUCAUAGAAAUCUGGACACUGGCCAGUUACUUUAAAUGUGAUACAUCUUAUCAUAUUGUCCACACAACCCAUAUGGCCUUGAAUACUUUCCCAGAGUUUUAUGUUGUCUUUUAACCUACUCGUCCUUAGCCUUCAAAUAUGAAGGCAAUAGUUCUGUAUAAAUUAAACACCGUUAACUUGUAGAUAAUUAUUACUAAUUUACCAGUAAAUUGAAGUGCUGGUUAUUUUAGCCAGAGUGCCCAUCCACGGCAUGUGUUUUAUAGUGGCAAGGAGGAACAGACGCUUGGUGGCAUCAGUGCUGUUAGCAUGGAGCACCAAUCAUAGGGCUGUAAAUACAGGAUAAUAAUAACUAAAUAUGUUUGUUUUUAGAGAAUGCAUUACCAUAUGCACAUGUUUUUUUUUAUGACGACAACCUUGAUAAUGAGAAGCUUCUGUAGAUUCUGUUAGCACUUUGACAAGUCUGAAGCCGUGAGAGGUACAUUUAUAUCACGUACACACACACUAUUUCUGCUGAAACUCAACACAUUCUUCUAGUUUUAACACUGACCAGACUUAAGAAGGCUGCCCUUGGCAAUUGGAUACAUUUGAGAAUGGUGGGAAGUGUUUGUGUGAGCACCAAAACAACUUUGCUUCAAACCUACAUGCCCUGACCACAUUUUAGCUUGAGCAAAUCAUCAUGUAUUUAAUCAACGUUAUCUAGUCUUAGAGGCUAUUUUAAUAAGUAUUGGGCCCUGGUCAGGAUGCACCUUUCCAUUAGUUUUGUCAACGUGGCCCUGUCCACUGAAGUUCUGUCUGCAUGUUAGGUUGCAUUUUGGGGAUUCUGCUGUCCUCUGUAGGAGACUACUGCAUUGUGGGGACUGAAUGAUGCAUUGUGGGGACUCUGCUCUCUUUAGGAGACUGCGGCAUUGUGGGGACUCUGCUCCUCUCUAGCGGACGGUUGCAUUGUGGUGACACUGCUGUACUCCGUAGACCCCUGCAUUGUGGGGACUCAGCCAUUUUCUGCUGAGAAACACUCCAGUCCGGGACCAAACCAAACCAGGCCACUGUGCUUCCGGGGCGGCGCUGGAGCAAGAGCAGAGCAGGCAGAAGGCUGGGGAAUGGAGGAAGGGAAGCUGAGUGCUGCUGCUUUUAAAUGAUGGGCUUGUUUGUCUGGUUUGGCCCGGACCCAGAGACAGAGGCAAAGAGUCCAGCUUUAUCAAUAUGCCUCGACUCAAGUGUCUCUUGUCUGUCUGUCUGACUGAUGCGACCACAGAACUCCAUACAGAAACAUCCCAGGCCUUCUCAUUGUGCGCUCUCACUCUCUUGUCCUCCCUAUUUCUCUCUCUCUCCCUUCCUGUCUCCAUCUUUCUCACUCACUCCUCGUACCCUUACUUUACGUUUACCAGCAUUGGGGAACAUCCCGCGCAUGCGCCCGUCUAUUUCUAUGGGCACAAGCACUGUUCAUGACAAACUGUUCACACCUCUCUUGUUGGUGGAGAGAAUGCAGGUUUAAAGCUAAUUUCCUGCAAUUCUGCCAAUUUUUUAUUUUAAUUAUUUGGUUUAAUUUUUUAUUAUCAUUUUUUGUUGUCAUGGGGUGCAAAGAAAAUUUUGCCGUUUUAAUGCAACUGUUUUUGCAGUUCUAUACAUUUUGCCAUGUCUAAUGUGUGUUCAUGGGAUAUUGAGUGACAAAAAAAUUACAACAAUAUCUAUUUUUUUGCUGACAUGGGCUAGUUGAUCUGGGCAUUUCUAACAAGUUGUAAAUAGCUCUUUAAGGUAUGCAAUGACUAACAUGACAAGAGGACCUGAUGAUGCACUACCCAAUUUCGAAAUUGCACCUUGAGCAUUCUACUAUUACAGCUCUCAAGAGUAAGUUUUUAAAGCUGGACUGUGUUCCUUAAAAAUAUUAUGCCGACCGCAGGGGGUGCGCCCCACAGUUUGAGAACCACUGAUCUAGAUGAGUUGCCGUUGCUAGCAUCAGGUGUCCAGUCUCUCCACUCAGCAGCUCAAGAGUCCGGGGAACGCAGGGGUUAAUUAGGCAACAGUGCCAUUUCCUAACAAGGCCAAUCAGCCUUCAUGGCUUUAAAAAGGCUCUCUGGAUGUGCUGCUCACGGUGACACGCCUAAAGGCCAGACUCUCCAUCUGUUCACAUGGGUUACCUCCCAACUGGCACCCUAUUCCCUUUUAUAGUGCAAUACAUUCUACCAGAGCCCUAUUUUAUGUACUGCACUUGAUUUUAUGUAGGCCUACUUUUAAUGCAAGAUGUCCUUGACUAUCUUGAAAUGUGUACCCCAAGUAAAAUGUAUUAUUAUUUUUGGACCAGAGCAGAAUCUGCGUGCCCUCACAAGUCAAUGCCACAAAUGUCCUCACGAUGCAAGACCGCCGCAACCAAUCGCCUCACAAUACAGGACAACCACUGUUGGGAACCUUAUAUGGUUGACAUCGACAUGUCAGAGAGAUUUUCCCCCAUCUUGAAGCGUUUUUUAUUGAUUUGAUAUGUAAGACCAUGACAGAUGGGGUUUGGCCUGAAAAGGUGAGGGUGACAUUGAUGGCUUAAGGGAUUUCCAUGGUAUACCUUUGAAAUUUCCCUUAGUCUGUUACAAGGUCACGGUCGACGUCGUCGUGAGGUGUGGGGCGGAUUAUAGCGAGCUAGUAGUCUCGUACAUUUUGACACUCAGGGCACCUCGACGUGUCGCUAAAGUGCAAUCCCCCGCCCCCUACCCUGACAUCCAAUCCAGAGCCUUCGAAUCAUGCGGUUCAUAGGGUUCAAGGGUCUGCAUGCAAAACACAUAUCCUGUUAAUCAACUUUAUUUUAAUUCUUAUUCCGGACAGAUUUGUUUUGUUAUAAUAUAUGAAGUCUUAUGUUCGGCCUUCUCGGAGGCUCCUCUCUUUGCUCAGGGUUUGAUGAAGAUGUUAACAUAACUGUAUAACUUAGAUUUGUUUAAAAAAUUUGUGAAACUAGUUACGAUGAAAACGAUCGAUUCUGAAAUAUGAAAAUACCUGGAAUGGCGUGCGGUCUUCUCCUGCUUGUGCCAUUGUUUUCUUCUUUGCUUUCUUCCAAAUGCAUUUUGACAUGGCUUGUGGUAUUGCAACCUUUAGGGUUGGUAGACCAAAGAUUGUCAGGCACUUUAGUCAACCCCCCCUCCCGCCCCAGACUGCAUGGGGCAGUGUCUCCCCUUCUCACUAACACAACCCUUAUCCCAGGUCAGCAUCCAUCCAUAUCCAGUCUAUGUAGGAGCCUCGGCACAGUGAAGCGUGAGUUGUGCAUUAUCAGUGUGAUCAGGAUUAAUGGCUGUGCAGAGGUGGAACAUUUAGCUGGGGUCUGGGGGCAGUGCCCCCUAGGCUUACUUUUCCAGUAGUUUUGCUGCUUUGAUUUCACACACAUCCACACAGGGCCGGUCCCUCUUAUCAAGGGACUCACAUCGGCCUGGUAGGUGUCGAGGGUAUGGCCCACUGACUGGCUGGCCACUGGAUUCAAGUUAAAACUGAAUUGGGUUAAAACAAGGGGGCUGAUAUAACUGGGAUGAUAAAAGAAUAUUAUUUUUUCUUAAUAUGCAUUUUAUCCAUUGCAUGCAUUCCCGCCGUUCUCUUAGUACAAUACUACUGUACACGUCUUCUGUUCAAAAAGCCCCCAUACUUAAUUUUUUACCCCCUUUUUCUCCCCAAUUUCGUGAUAUCCAAUUACGAUCUUGUGUCAUCGCUGCAACUCCCCAACGGGCUCGGGAGAGGCGAAGGUCGGGUCAUGCGUCCUCUGAAACGUGACCCGCCAAACCGCUCUUCUUAACAUGCGCCCGCUUAACCCGAAAGCCAGCUGCACCAAUGUGUCGUAGGAAACAGUUCAACUGACGACCGAAGUCAGCCUGUAGGCGCCCGGCCCGCCACAAGGAGUCCCUAGAGCGCGAUGAGCCAAGUAAAGCCCCCCGUGGCUAAACUCUCCCCUAACUCGAAUGACGCUGGGCUAAUAGGGCAUCGCACAUUGGGACUCCCAGUUACGGACGGUUGUGAAACAGCCUGGGUUCAAAUCCAAGUCUGUAGUGACGCCUCAAGCACUGCGAUGCAGUGCCUUAGACUGCUGCGCCACUCGGGAGGCCUUAUAUUGGGGGGGUCUUCCAAUGUGCUUCUCUCUUCCAUCAUCACAGUUUGGUUAAACAUUUUAUAUACUCAAGUUCUGAAUUUGUUUGCUGUGCUUUUUUUUGUGGAUUUAGAGUCUCUAUGACAGUACACGGUUUACUGUUAACGUUUUCUGUCCUGAAUCGGACUUCCAUCCUCACAAUAGUGUCUGUCACCUCAUGUCCCAUUUUGGCUGUGUAAUUUACUAAAUGCAGCUUAUUCACUACCUUCAACACUCCCUGCCUCCUGUUAUUUUUGAUAACAUCUGAUUUUUUUCAUAUUUAUAUAUCUGAUUUUGAUAUAUACAUAUAACGUUUUUUUUUGUUUGUAGUGUGCCCUUUUUGAGGAAUUUCUUAUCUGAGAAACAAAUGGGCGCUUUAACUAACCUAAACAUUGAUUGAGAGGAAUUAUUUUGUUGCAACUUGUAAAAUCAGACACCCCAUAAAGACAAAUAAAACUGAUUUGAUGAAUCCUUUUAAA